UAUUUUGAAUUUCCGCCACAGCUUGUUUACUGUUGGCUUCUUGCAGUAAAGUUAUUACUGUAAGAUACAGCCAAAUUUAAAUUCCCUCCUUUUCAAUCCAUAUAGUAAAAAUAAGAUAUAAUGGACUCUUCCAAGACCCCCGUUAAGCUCGCUAGAGUUACAAAAGUUCUCGGCCGUACUGGUUCUCGUGGUGGCGUUACUCAAGUUCGUGUUGAAUUCAUGGAUGACACUAACCGUUCCAUCAUCCGUAACGUUAAGGGUCCCGUUCGUGAAAACGACAUUCUCUGUCUUUUGGAAUCUGAACGUGAAGCUCGUCGUCUUCGUUAAGUCAUUGACCUUAUCUU